AUGCUGAAUCAACUUCUCGUUGGUGCCUUAAUCGUUUCUAAUAUUGGAGAAACGGAACUAGACAAUGAAUGUUGGAAUAGCUGCGAAUCGCAGAUCACCAAUUUUCACAUCUGUGAAAUGAUGGGUGGCUGCAACCACUGCCAGCUCGCUCAGUAUAACGUUAAGGAUGUGAACGACUGCAUGUCGUGUUACUCUGGGUCAAUUUCUAAGAGCGUUUCCCUUGAUUUCACCAAUGCUACUAUGUUUGAUGACAGUGAUCAAUUUGAGAGUGCUGUACAAUUUUUUUUCUGGCCGAAAAUCACCGGUUGCAACCCAUGCCCGGCUCCUACGCCAACUCCUUCUAUGCCUCAGACAGAUACACCAGACACGGAAACUCCAACUGACAGUGUUCCGGAUACCUCAAUGCCUGACACCUCAAUGCCUGAUACCUCGAUGCCUGAUACUUCGAUGCCCGAUACGUCGACACCGGACACUGCCACUUCGGUACCACCAGCUGAAACAGUGACUUCAGUUGAAACGGUUACUUAUGAUCAUACUAGUUUGAUAACAACAUUUUUGGAAGCCUCAACUGUUACAAUGACGCCUGGAACGACCAUUAUUACUAGCGUAGUUCCUGGAACCACAUCUGUGGUAACGUUACCACCGCAGACAAUAACAGUGACGACAGAACUGACGGAAUCUACUGUUUCUACAUACACACAACCUCCUGGAACAGUAACGUUGACACAAGAGGCAAGUACCCUCACCAUGAUUUCGACUUUGCCCCCAACGACUGUUAUUAGCACGGUGGUAUCAACCCCGCCUGUUUCAACCUUAACUGUCUUAUCACAAACGACUUUGGUUGUACCUUCAACCGUGACUCUACCACCACAAGUUACCACGGUUGUUACCACAAUGCCUCCUGUAACUGAGACAGAUGUGAUAACCCAACCAGCGGAAACUGUUACCCAGGUAACAACUGUCGAGAGUACCACAGUAUUUACUUCAGUGUAUACUAUUGGACCAAGCACUCAAACAGUCACUUCAACUAUCGAGUCUGAGACGACACAGACCCAAACUAUCACACAACCCGGGACGACUGACGUCACAACUCUGACUCUUCCUGGCACCACAUACACCGAGCUUACUACCUUGACUCCAGGAACCCAAACAGUAUAUGUUACCACAGAAUCAACUGUAACUGAAAUGUCAACAUAUAUGACGAGUAUUGAGGUUACACAGCCUCCAGUUACUUCUGAGGUGGUGAGCACUGUAACCUCGACUGUGGUUUCAACAUUGCCUCCUAGUACUUUUACAACAGAGAUUAUAGUCACUGAGACAUCUUUGAGUACAUUAUGUGAGAACCAGCCUGCAUCUACCGUAACAUAUGAGACAACCUUGCCAGCUGGAACGGUGACGUUAACCCAGACUAUACAGUCCGAAGUUACCGUCACUUCAAGCUACGAAACCACUCUUACAUUAACACCAACCGAUCAAACUAGUGUGACAUCGGAAAUUGUAACUCAAUGGGAAACUCUGACUGUGCCUCCGAGCACCUACACGACUGAACAGGUGAUCACUGAAACUACGGUGUCGACUGUAGUUGAAACUCAGCCAACAACCACCCUUACCUACUUGACAACAUUGACACCUCAAACACAGACAAUUACUGUCACUGAUGAUGUUACUUCCACGAUUGUAUCAAGUUAUGAGACAACAGUCUUCACUACCUUGACAAACACCGAAGUGCAAGAAACUGUAUCAACACUGUACACUACUGAGAUAUUGACCAUGCCCCCUGAAAUUAUCACUACUGAGACAUCUGUUACUGAAUUAGUCACUACUGUUACUGAAACUCAACCGGUAUGUACAGAUGUGACUACUCUGACACCUGGCACUCAGACUGUGACAGUCACUACACAAAUGCCGCCAGUGACGACAAUUAGUACAUUUGAAACAACAGAAUACGUCACGGAUUCUGAGACUAUCACGCUGACUAGUAAUGUGCUUACGACUGAAACAGUUGUUACAACCCAGCCAGUGACUAUCACAUCUGAGCUUGAUGUGACGGAAACUACUGUAAUGACUGUGACUCAGACUGAACAAGUGACGACAGUUUCGGAAUUUACUUCACCACCUACAACAGUGACUACGGAAGUGACAUUACCUCCCACGACACUGACAACAGAGAUUGUUGUGCCCUCGUGCACCUCCAUCGUCACCGUCACUCAGACACCAGGUACGAUAACCACCAUCAUAACUCAACCACCGUCUACGGUUGUGUCAACAAGGGUUGAGGAGUCAACAUUCACCACUGUGGUAACUUUGCCUCCUGUGACAACUGAAACUGAUGUUACGGUUGUUGUCUCUGAGACGACCACCGUGUUCACACCACAACCCACCACUCUGACUCAAACGUAUACAAUGGACACGACUGAAUUCACAACAGAAUUUUCAACAAUUCCACCAGUGACCACAACGGUGACAUAUACUGAUUCUGAGGUUCUCACUACAACAGUUUGCUCCGCGUCACAGACCGUCCUUACGAUGCCUCCGGUAACCUAUCUCUCGACGAUAACAAUUCCAGGGUCCACUAUAACCGAAACGUCAGUGGUUACAGAACAAACUGUACUAACAGUACCCCAAUCGACGGCUGUUGAAACAUUCACCUCCAAAGUUACAACUGUGCUCACUCAAACGCUUUUUGUUCCAACCACAUUGACGCAAGAGGUACCAACAACUCAGUAUAUCACAACCACUCCAGAGCCUAGUGUCUCUGUUUCGACAGCUACUGUGACUUCUGUUGCUCCGUGCACGGAUAGUUCUUGCACAGUUACACUGCUAUCUACAUCUGUUUUGACCCACGAUGUGACGGAGCUACAACCGACCACAAUUGUAUCCACUCUCCUUUCUGUCGUCACAGAGUCACCGAAACUAUCCACUAGAACAGAGACUUUGACUACUGAGGUUCCUUACACCUGCUCUACUGGCAUAUGCUCAAGUACAGCUACCCUGACCACGGUAUACGAAAGUACAGUAUACCCCACGACUACAAUAACGAGCACACACACUACAACAGUAUGUCCCCCUCCUGAUACUUUUACUUACACAUCAACGUCUACAGUCACUUGCGAGACCGAGACUUGCUAUCUGACCCACACAGGCCUCACUACCAUGUCUGUAACUAUCACACCUGGCCCUACAACAAUCACAAUAACUGGAACUGAGACCAUCACGGGACCAGAAACUCCAGCCCCGCCGCUGGGAAGUGACCAAAUGACCAGUACCACAACACAGACAUAUUGGAUAACAAGAUCUGGUACAUUAAGUCCAGUUUCAACACCACCCAGCUCGUCUGGCUUCAAUAUUGGCCCUUCGCAAACUGGUACUGACUCCAACCCAGGAGGCAGUGGAGGUAGCAAUGGUUCUAAUGAGAACCCAGGCUCCAACAGCCCAGGCAACAAUGGAAGUGAUACUGGUGCAGGUGAUAAUACAGGUGGCCCUGGCUCCGGUGACACUGGUUCGAGCGGUGGAUCUGGAAGCGAUACUGGUGCAGGUGAUAAUACAGGUGGCCCUGGCUCCGGUGACACUGGUUCGAGCGGUGGAUCUGGAAGCGAUACUGGUGCAGGUGAUAAUACAGGUGGCCCUGGCUCCGGUGACACUGGUUCGAGCGGUGGUGGAUCUGGAAGCGAUGCUGGCACUGGCAAUAGUGGCGGUUCCGGAAGUGGCAAUACCGGAAAUGGAAACAGCAAUGGAGCAGGAUCAGACUCUGGGACAGGAUCAAACCCUGCACCAGGGGAUAACGGACCCGCGUACAACGGAAACUCUGGAGGUGAAAGUGGAAACGGAAAUAUGGGCUCAGGCAAUAAUGAAGGUGGUAUGGGAUCACCUAAUGGGGCUGGCAACGGUAUUCCCGAUGAAUCCGGUCCCGGUUCUGGCGACUCUGGGAGUGGUGGAGGAGACUCUAUGCCUAUUCCAGUGGGGCCGGCUGUAAGCUCUAUACCUGCACAAACCUCUGUACCUCUUGCUAAUGCUGGAACUACUUAUCAACCUAACAUUAGCUUCUUUGGAUGCAUUGUGGUUCUUCUCAUGCUCGCUUAA